AUGGUCGAUCUACCCUACGCCCUCGACGCGGAAACGCCCCUCAAGGCAUCCGAGCUCCAGGUCCUCCGCGCCCAAUAUGAAAAGGAAGGCGAGAUGGUCGGCGUGCAAACCAAGUUCAACUACGCAUGGGUAUGGCACCUCUCCUUCUCCCCCUCUCCCUCGUCCUUGUCCCUCGUGCUUCUCCCAUAUCCCCCGCCGCCCAGGCAAACCACAGCUAAGAAACCCCUCCCCCACGCACAGGGCCUCGUAAAAUCAGACAACCGCAACGACCAACAACUAGGCGUCCGCCUCCUCUCCGAGAUCUUCCGCGUCUCCCCCGAGCGCCGCCGCGAGUGCCUCUACUACCUCGCCCUCGGCAACUUCAAGCUCGGCAACUACGGCGAGGCCCGCCGCUACAACGACCUCCUCCUCGAGAAGGAGCCCGCGAACCUGCAGGCCUCGAACCUGCGCCAGCUCGUCGACGACAAGGUCGCCAAGGAGGGCCUCAUGGGCGUCGCCAUCAUCAGCGGCGUCGCUGUCGCGGCCGGUGUCGUGGGCGCCUUUUUGGUGAGGAACGUCAAGAGGAGAUGA